AAAGGUCAGAGCUCUGAGGAACAGAUCUGCUUCAGAUUGACUGGAGUUCAGAGGUCUCUUUCAGUCUACUGAAUACUUCCACUUUAAGAAGGCGGCUCCGUCGCAGUGUAGUGUGUUUAUACGAUCCCAGAAGUGGCACCACCACAUGGAAAACGACACUGUGUUUUUAAUUCAACAUGGCGAAAGCAUAUGCUGCUCUUCCAGUGGAUACAUUUGACAAACUUUAAUUGUGUGUAUAGUGGUGCGUUUAGACAAGAUGAUCGAAAGUUGAUAUUGUUCCUGUGAUCCUGUCUGACUAUUUUUACACUGCUGCCAGUGAGUGGAGCGACAGUAAAUGCGGCAACAUACGGCGCGCAGGGAAAGGAACCGAGAGAAGUGAAAGCGUGCUGGAACGUUACACAUACAAGAGGAGAAAUUUUGAAAACGGACGUGAAAUAAACAGUGUUAGUUCGUAUGAACAGUGUUAGUUCGUGCCAAAUCAGCGAGUGAGAGUAGUUUACGCUACGUGACAUAGUGAGAUGGACGGACUACGGGGAACGGGCUGUGAGCGCACCUCAACCGACCGCGAGUGAACAGACGGAGCCUGAAGCGGAUUGGGAUGGCAGCAUCCAGCAACUCAAGCCUGUCGGGUUCAUCAGUGUCUUCUGAUCCUGAGGAUUACCAACCGCCCAUAUGGAAGUCUUACUUGUACCGGCUCCAGCAGGAAGCUCCUCGGCCCAAGAGGAUGACCUGCCCUCAGGAGAUGGAGACCAGACCCAAAUAUUACGGCAGAGAGUUCCAUGGCAUGCUAUCCAGAGAGUCUGCAGAUGAGCUGCUGGGAGGAGCAGAGGGGGCUUACCUUGUCAGAGAGAGCCAGAGACAGCCAGGGACACCACACCUUGGCCUUAAGGUACUGUUUGGGCACCAGACCCUGAACUACAGACUGUUCUAUGACGGAAGCACUUUGUGGGGGAGAAAGCGCUUUGAGACGGUCCAUGACCUGGUGACGGAUGGCCUCAUCACCCUGUACAUCGAGACCAAGGCAGCAGAGUACAUCGCCAAGAUGACCACCAACCCCAUCUAUGAACACCUGGGCUACACAUCCCUGCUGAAGGACAAGAUGGGGGCACCGGCUGUGCCGGAGACGCACUGA